AUGAGACUCAGUCAUUUUGCUCUUCUCGCUGCGGCGGCAUCUGUGGCUGCAUCUCCAUUGAAGGAACACAAGAAGAGGGCUUCAUCAUUUAAAUGGUUUGGAGUCAGUGAAUCCUGCGCUGAGUUCGGCUCGGGUAAUAUACCUGGGGUUUAUGGAACCGACUUUAUUUUCCCGGAUACCAGUACUAUCCAGACUUUAAUCGACGAUGGCAUGAAUAUCUUCCGGGUAGCGUUCCUCAUGGAACGGCUAGUCCCGACCACCAUGACUGAAUCAUUUGAUUCAGAAUACCUAGCCAACUUGACAAGUGUGGUGGAUUACAUUACCGGUGCAGGUGCUUAUGCCGUUCUUGAUCCGCAUAACUAUGGUCGAUACUACGGAUCAAUCAUCGAGAGCACGUCGGAUUUCCAGACAUUCUGGAAUAAUGUGGCCACAAAGUUCGCGUCAAACAGCCUAGUCAUUUUUGAUACCAACAACGAAUACCACGAUAUGGACCAAACACUCGUCCUAGACCUAAACCAAGCCGCCAUCGACGGCAUCCGCGCCGCAGGAGCAACAAGCCAAUAUAUCUUUGUAGAAGGCAACUCAUACACCGGUGCCUGGACCUGGACCGAAGUUAACGGUAACCUGGUAAAUCUCACAGACACGGAAAACAAAAUCAUCUACGAGAUGCAUCAGUACCUGGACUCGGACGGCUCAGGAACAAGCGCGACUUGCGUUUCGCACACGAUUGGACAGGAGCGUGUGGAGUCUGCGACGCAGUGGCUUAUCGAUAACGACAAGGUGGGGGUCCUGGGCGAGUUUGCUGGUGGGGUAAAUGAUGUUUGCGAGGAGGCGAUUACGGGGAUGUUGAGUUAUUUAAUAGAUAAUUCGGCGGUUUGGUUGGGUGCGUCGUGGUGGGCUGCGGGUCCUUGGUGGGGAGAUUAUAUUUUCAGUAUGGAGCCUCCGAGUGGUGUGGCUUAUACUGGGAUGUUGUCGAUUUUGGAGCCGUACUUUGUGUAG